AUGAAUAUGACACAACACGAUUCAGACACCACAGCAAGGUCCGCAGCUAACCUUCUACUAAGACAAUACAGAGAACUAACGGACCCCAAACGGGCCAUCCCAUCUUUCCACAUUGAACUCGAAGAUGAUUCAAACAUUUUUACGUGGAAUAUCGGUGUGAUGGUCCUCAACAAGGACUCUAUCUAUCAUGGCGGAUACUUCCAAUCGCAAAUGAAAUUCCCCAAGGAUUUCCCCUUCUCACCACCACAAUUUAAGUUUAUUCCACCUAUUUAUCAUCCGAAUGUGUAUAGAGAUGGGAAACUUUGCAUAUCUAUUCUGCAUCAAAGCGGGGAUGCUAUGACUAGUGAACCAGAUAAUGAAACUUGGUCUCCAGUGCAAAGUGUAGAGAGUGUAUUGAUCUCUAUAGUCUCAUUGUUAGAGGAUCCAAAUGUUUCAUCACCAGCAAACGUGGAUGCUGCCGUCGAGUAUAGGAAAAAUUAUAAUGAAUAUAAGAAAAAGGUCCUUCAACAAGUGGAAAGAUCCAGACAAUGUAUUCCCAAUGGGUUUGUCAUGCCUACAUCAGACACAGCUGCUUAUAUUUCGAAGAAGGAGGUGGACGAUAUAAAAAACAUAGAAAAUGAAGGCCAAGAGAAUAACAGGGACGGCAGUGAUAGGAUACGGGAUGAACAAGCCACUAAAGAUAUAACAGAUGGGUUCUGGAAUGAUAGUGAAAAUGAAGAAUAUGAGGAUGGCGAUGAGGUCUCCAUGAUCUUCGAAGAUGAUUACGAAGAGGAAUAA